GUAGUCAACAUCAGAUCAAAUGCCUAAAAGGCCAGAGAGACUUACCAGACCAACCCACUUUUGAUGGGAUUCACAUUGUCAACCAUUUCACAGGAGAUGAUGAAUCAUUUCAUUCUUCUGAUGAAGAUUUUAUAACUAACUCCAUACAGGAGAGUGGGGUGAACUUUCACCUGUGUAGAAGGACUGCUCAGAUGGCUUUGGAUCCAACAAUUGUAGACAGCAGUGACAGUGAUAUUGAGGAAAGCACCCUCCAAACUGGGAGUUCAAGCGAAGUUAUUUCCAAGCAGAGAAGAAUAGAGUCUUACUCUACUACUGUGUGAUCCUCACUGUGACUAGAAUUGAAGGCUUUCAUAUUUCUUUAAGGGUUAAACUGUCAGAAAACUUGAAAGUAUCCAGCAGUUGGGUUAGGUAGCUAUUGGAUCUUGUCUAGCCUGCACUA